AAGAAGUUUCCUUGCAAGUACCCAAGAUUCCGACCGUCAAAGGAGACCCUCUUUUUCUUGUAGAAAACAAAACAAUGUUUCUUUAUAUUUUUAUAUAAUUACUAUUAUCAAUAUUUGCUCCAAAACGUGCCAUUGUUUGCCACCAGAAUUGAAAUCAAAGACCGUUUAGUUAGUUCCUCUACCUCCAUCACUGCCUGAAAAACAAGAAUAUGGAAGAAGCAUCUCAAGCAGGGAACAAGAGUACAAAGAAGCAACAUAGGGCAACCGGAGAGCCUCGGUACAGGGGGAUUCGCCGACGGCCUUGGGGGAAGUUUGCUGCAGAGAUACGUGACCCAACAAGGAACGGUGCACGCCGCUGGCUAGGAACGUUUGAGACGGAGGAGGAGGCUGCCAGAGCUUAUGAUAGAGCUGCUUUUGCUUUUCGUGGUCAUUUGGCCAUUCUCAACUUCCCAAAUGAAUACCAAUACCACAGCCUUACCUCUCCACCAUCAUUUGCUUCUUCUUCUGCUGCUUCUUCUUCUUCUUAUUCUUCCUCCUCCUCCUCCUCCUCCUCCUCCUCCUCCUGCUCUGCUCCUCCUGCCAGUUACGGCCUGGCGGGUUCUUCUGGAGGGCAGGAAGUAAUAGAGUUUGAGUAUUUGGAUAACAAAUUGUUAGAGGAUCUUCUUGAGUUUCAAGAGGGUAGGCAACAGUAAGGCUUAUUAAUGCGUAAUUAGUGUGUUUUGAGUAUCCAGAAAUGUAAUUCACUUCAGUUUUAGGCAUUAAUGAUUGUUUGAUUGUAAAAUUAAAUUUUAAGAAAUGCAUUUCCAUUAUUUAUCCA